GAAUAACUUUCCAAAUGUGGAGAGACUUUGAUAGGAUAAGGUGAAAAUGAAAAGGUGAGGCUAAUUACGUUACGAAAUACAACGGCUAUAUUUCCUUCGAAUUUUAAAACUCCCAAAUUCUUCACUCCACUAUUCUCAUUUUUCUCUGCAAAUUCCAAAACAGAAUUUAGAGAAACGAAUCGAAUUAACAAAUUUUCAAGAAUUGUCGUAAAGAUGAAUGACCUGAUGUCGAAAUCAUUCUUAAGUUAUGUGGACCUGAAGAAGCAAGCCAUGAUGGACCUUGAAGCAGGACCUGAUAUUGAGAUGGGACAACUCGACCCGACUGAUGAAAGAAACCUCUCAAAGUUCUUUGAAGAAGUUGCUGCUGUUAAGUCUGAUAUGGAAGAGAUUAAUAAUCUUCUUGUUAACCUUCAAGAUCUUAAUCAAGAAACCAAGUCUGCCCCGAGUCCGAAAAUUCUUCAAGGCCUUAGAGAUCAGAUUAACUCUGACAGUGUCACCGUUCUUAGGAAGGCGAAAAUUAUCAAAACAAGACUUGAAUUGCUUGAUAAAUCUAAUCUUGAUAACCGUGGCUUAUCAGCAGUGUAUAAAGAGGGAAGCCCGGUUGAAAGAACGCGGAUUUCAGUGACUAGUGGUUUGAGAAUUAAACUGAAGGACAUGAUGAAUGAUUUUCAAUGCUUAAGGGAAAGCAUUGUAGCUGAACACAAAGAAGGCCUAAGGAAACAGUACACUAAUGCUAACGGGGAGGAACCGAGUGAGGAAGUGAUUGAAAAGAUUAUGCAAGAAAGAGUUUUCGAUGGAAAAGUCGGAAAGGAAGUGGUGGAGAAUCGCGAAAGGCAUGAAGCUGUAAAUGAGAUACAGAAAAGCUUGGUUGAGCUGCACCAAGUGUUUCUUGAUAUGGCUGUUAUGGUUGAGACACAAGGUGAUCAGAUGAACAAUAUUGAGCAAAAUGUGGUUAAUGCUGGUGGAUAUAUGAAGGAUGGGACGAAGGAGUUAGACCGUGCUAAACGAAUGAGGAGGAGGAGGACUUGGGCUUGUUGGAUUGGCGUUGUGGUGCUGGUUUUCUUGUUUCUAUGCAUUAUUGCCAUUCUAUUUUGAAUUCAGGUUGAGAAAGAUUUUGGGGCUCUAUAACUUUACAUGUUUUUUUGGUCUGUUUUUUGCUUUUCAGUUCAUCAUGUUUUUAUUUGGAGUUUCAUGGAGAUAUCUUCUUCCUUAUAGACAGACAUAACGUGGCCAAUCUAUGUGAUGAAUUUAUGUUCAUCAACUGCUUGUAUGUAAGAUAGAUUGUAAAUGAUGCAUCACAUUUGGAAAUUGGGAUAUAUUGAAUUUGAUAAUAGUGUUUUUGCAG